AAGUGACGCAAGGGCCGGAAACCGGCCCAAGGCCGCGCUGAAGAUGGCGUAUCAGAGCCUGCAGCAGGAGUACCUGCAGAUCCCCCUGGUAACGCGGGCUUAUACCACCGCCUGUGUGCUCACCACUGCUGCUGUGCAAUUAGAAAUAAUCACACCAUUCCAGUUGUACUUCAAUCCCGAGCUUAUAUUUAAACACUAUCAGGUUUGGAGAUUAAUCACAAAUUUCCUGUUUUUUGGAACCGUGGGAUUUAAUUUUUUGUUUAAUAUGAUAUUCCUAUAUCGAUAUUGCCGGAUGCUUGAAGAAGGCUCAUUCAGGGGUCGAACUGCAGACUUUGUCUUUAUGUUUCUCUUCGGUGGAUUUUUAAUGACUAUCUUUGGCUUGUUUGUAAAUCUAGUGUUCCUGGGUCAGGCCUUUACCAUUAUGCUCGUCUACAUAUGGAGCAGGAGAAAUCCUUACGUCAGGAUGAACUUCUUUGGGCUCCUUAAUUUUCAGGCUCCAUUCCUGCCCUGGGUACUAAUGGGCUUCUCAUUGUUGCUUGGAAAUUCAAUCAUAGUGGAUUUGCUAGGCAUUGCUGUUGGCCAUAUCUAUUAUUUUUUGGAAGACGUGUUUCCAAACCAGCCUGGUGGGGGUCGGCUGCUCAGGACACCAAACAUUUUGAAAGUUGUUUUCGAUAUUCCGGAGGAAGACCCCAACUACAACCCGUUGCCCGAGGACCGGCCAGGGGGCUUCAACUGGGGUGAAGGACAGCGACUCGGGGGCUAGACUUAAAUCAACUGUAAGCAGCUCUCACACUGCAGGGCCUCAAAGGAUAUAUUUAUUCUCUUUUGCCUCCCUACUGUUACCUGUCACCCUGGUUCAGUUCAAUAAAUACCACCUUGCAGACUGCCAACAACCCACCAACCAGCAAGCACUUUCUGUAUGAUGGAUACCUGUCAAAUCUCGAGGGUGAAUUACAAUUGGCCGACAGUGCCUGCAGCUUUGUCUGUUAUAUUGGAAUUGCUGACAUUUCAAUGAGAUCUGUUCCAUCAAACUGCACAUCUGAGUAUUCACGCUAAUUGUCUCUUGGAAGAUCAAUCUUUGGAGUCACAUUCAUCUUAGUAGAAUGUGUAGCCAUAAUUUUUAUAUAACUGAUCGUUUUUAUGAGCAAUUGCUGACUGCUGUAAGAAUUCUUUUUACGAUGAAAACAGAACUCAACCCAUCAAACCUCACUGAACACGGAGAUCAAAUUUCUGAGCAAAAAGCCUGCAGCUGGAGUUGAUCUAUUCUCAGCAGGAUUAAUGCAAGAAUAUAUUACCUAAGCACAGUCAACUUGCACAGUCUUUCGAUUGAUCUAUUUUGUCCGUCACACAUGUAGACAGCUAAGCCCAGUGUCAGUCGAGCCUCUAGCUAAUCAGAAUUGGUUAAACAGACCAAUGCUUUGCUGUUGCACAUUCUCUCCCUGUUACAGGCUGAUGUCAGAUGAGUGUAACCUGGUCAAGCACAUAGAAUCCUUUUAAUAAUUAGUCACCAAUAAUCUGAGAAUAUCUUCAGAACUUUUUCAGUGUUACAGUGCCUGGCAACUAGAUACCAUAAACCUGUGGCUAGAACAAGGUAAAAAUGUGUUUGCUUGUGAUGUGUUAACUCUGGGUUGUGUGGGACUAUGAAUCUCAAUGUAAGCAGCCCUGAAUAAGGAAGUGGGCAGGUAAACUUGCUUGCUGUCAGAAAUGAUUUGGUAGCAGGAGGCAGGCGUCUUGUGAGUAUUUCAGAUCUAUUGCAUGUAAUGGGAGGGUGAGAUGGUGUUUUCUGAAAAUUAAUUCUCUAUUAAAUUCUUACAAAUUAAUUAGCAGCACCCAAUUGUAGAGGGGUAUCUGAAAUGAAUUGCCUACAAAUCCAAAUACUAAGAAUGUCUGGUCUAUAUUACAACAGCCAGUUGGAUCAAUUCCAUUAAAUAAACCUGUAGAACACAAUACUUGUGUUCACAAUGUGCCACAUUGGUCUUAUUUGAGCAGAUGACCCACUGAGGGAAGCUGAUCACAGGCUGGAGUUACUAGCAUUUGAUUAUAAAGCAGAGUUUUUAUCCCAAGGUCCAAGAUCACCUCAUAGGAAAUGCUAUGAGCAUAGUGGGACUAACAGCAAAUAAACCAAAGGGCUGUGAACCAAGAGCAAUACUGUGAUCGUGCAGGGAGAUUGACAGGCUACCAAACUGCUUUCCUCAUACAAAAGCAAAAACAUUGCGGAUGCUGGAAAUCUGAAAUGUGAAGAUGUUGAAAAUAGUGAGCAGGUCUGGCAAAAUUUCUGAAGAGAGAAUGCUACUAUUUCAGGUUGAUGAUGUUUCAUAGGAUAGCCUGGACACUGGGGAGAACUAAUGGGAUGUCGAUAUUUUAUGUUGUUGUGAAAACCUGUACCCCAGUAAACCUCAGGCCUGCACCUGGGUACUAAUAGGCUUGUAGUGAAACCUUUUAAUCAAUUCACAUGUGUGCCAAAUCUGAAGUACUUUAAAUGAUUCUAAUCAUAAAAUUUGACUCCAAUGAUCUAUGACGAUUUGCUGAUUGUGAAGCUGUUGAGUAUAAUUUGUGUUUACACCAGCUUGUCAAGUUUUCUUUCUACACAAAGCUACAUUCAGCUAAUUUCUUAACUCUUUCAGAGCAUUUGAUAGAGUGGACAGGAGUCUUGUUUUUAUCCACUCUAGACAUUUUAAUCAAAAUCUUUUGACAGGAAUUAAAUUAUUUCAGUUAAAUUAUUUAUCUCCUUGAGGUUCCUUUUUGUACAUGUUUCAUCCCUCAUUCUGCAGAGAGGGGGAUUGGAGGUACUGAGAACUAUUCAAUGUCCAGAAAUAUUCCUGAUGGAUAGAUACUGAGAUAUAGCAGUCAUGCUACAGAUAUCUCCAUGAGGCGGGACUGUAUAAUGCCAGUUGGCGUCCAGAUAUGUUUCCAACGGAGAUAAUCAAAAUACAAGAAAUGGUCUGAAGAAAUCUACCUGAGAGUCUGGAGACUCAGGGAUCCUGCUCAGGAUAUAGACAUCACUGAGGGAAAGGAAGUGAGACACCUCAGUCUCUAAACAAAUACCUCCUAGAAAGAAAGAAACUGCAGAGACCAGAUUGAUGAAGAAAUGGCAGUUGUCACAAUGCUCAGGAAUUUUGCACUUAUAUAGCGCUUUUUCAUAACCUUUAAAAUGUAUCAACUAUUUUCUAGCUAAUGAAGGACUUUUGAAAUGCUAUCAUUACUAUGACAGCAAGAUCCCACAAUUAGCAAUGUGGUAGUGACCAUAUCAUUUGUUUUUAAAUUAUGCUGAUUAGGGGAUGAAUAUUGAUCUGAACACCAGAUAAAUGGAAAGGAGAGGUGACUGGCAAGUAGCAGGUGAAAUUUAAUGCAGAGAACUAUGAAGUAAUUAAUUUUGGUGGGAAGAACAAAGAGAAUAUUCUAAGGGAAGUGCAGGAAUAAAGAGCUAGAGUAUAUGUGCAGGAAUCUUGACAGGUUGUGAAAAGAGUUAAGGGGGCUGAGGUGUAAAAAUAGAGAUGAAAGAUAUAAAAACAAGGACAUUAUGGUGAACCUUUCUAAAAUACUGAUUAGCCUCACAUGAAAUAUUGUUUAUUAGCUCUGGGCAUUGCACUUCAGGAUGGGAAGGUUUUGAAGAGAAUGCAGAAAACAUUCAUAGAUAUGUGGUGUUAUGGAGAGGAGGUUGAACCCCUCUGAUAAUUAAAAACUAAACAUCCAGAGAAGCUUGCCUGGCCUCACAAUCUGCUAAAGGAAAUGGGAAAAAUGGUGUAAUGUGCCUUCACCUCCCAAACUGUUACAAAGGAGAGGUUAAAUGAAAUGAAAUCCUCUUCACUCACUCUAUAAUCAACAAGUAACAAUUUAUUCAUCUAACCCUAACAAUGAAUAAGUUAACAAACUGAACAAUUUCCCCUUAACUAGUAACUAUUCCCUAAUAAAACAAAAUUCUAAUGGUAUGCUGUUCCACUAAAUACAAAUCAUACUUAUAAACCAAAGUAAUAAAAAAAUGCAUUAAAACUUAGACUCUGAAAACUACAAUCGGGUGUGUCUUCCGGAAUGCUCUGCACCCUUUCUACUGAUCCUCAGCUACGAAUGCUUUUCUCCGUUGCAUUCUCGUGUCUGAAACACGACUCUCCAUUGAAUUCUGGUGUCAAGAAUAUGAGCUUAGAGUGCCAUGGUACCUUUUAGAUGGUGCUUAAUCAGAAAGCUUAAAGAUUUCUGUGAAAGCCAGAGUCUUACUCUUCUGAUGGCAGUUCACUGUCACUCUGAUUUUCAAAAACUCUUCUUAUACACCCUUGAUGACCUGUCAAUUUUCUUAUAAUAGGAUUGUUCCAAGGUUGUCAACACCAUCAGAUUUAAAUUCAGUUGCCUUUCAGUCUCAAAGUACCUGGUUUAAAUUAAUUGGCUGAUAUGCAAGCUGGUUGCCUUAACACCAAACCAAGCCUAAGUUUCCAACAUACAACCAACUGAUAUAUAUGUUUCAAUUUCAGAACUAAAAGCACAUCACCUCUUAAAAGGACUAUGCACUCUUCCCCUCUAUCAUUUUUGCAAACAAAUUCUAACUUCCGGCUUUCCAAUUCACAAGUACUGUACACAACUUUGCAACAGUGGAUAGAAUGGACAAGUUGACUAAAGACAAAAUACCAUGGAUGCUAUAAAUCUGAAACAGAUUCAGAGAACAGUGAAGAAACUUAACAGGUUUGGCAGCACCUGUGUACAGGAAAAAUGUAACAUUUCAAGUCCAGUGAUUGUUCAGAACUGAAGAAAAGUCACAGAAGACUCUUCUCUCUUCACGGAUGCUGCCAGACCUGCUGACUUUCUCCAGCAUUCUGUGUGUUUGGAGAAAUUGGGACUGUUCUCAUUGGAGAUGAGAAGGUUGAGAAGAAAAGAAUAGGAAGAAACCAUUCCAUUGGUGAAAGGAUCUAGAGCAAGAUGGCUCAGGUGAGGUGAAAUUGGGGGAGAAGGGAGUAGCAGAAGUAACAAUAAAUGCAGGGACUGCACACAGCAAGUAUUUUGAACCUGGAAUGCAUUGUUUUGAGUUUGUGGUGAAAGUUCAAUUAAGACUUUUUAAAGGGAAUUAUUUGAAAUAGGAGAAAAUGAGGCAAUGGGAUGAAGGCAGGGCAGUGGCUCUAGGUGAAUUGCUCUUUCAGACAGCAAUUAUACAGUAGUCUGAAUGGCCUCACUCUGGGAUGUAACCAUUCUGUGACUCAUUUAUUAGAAUGGAUCCAGAGAUGAAGUGCUGAAAUGUAAGGAAAGAUUAGAGAAACUAAGACUGUUUUUCGCUAGAGAAGGUAGAUGGGAAAUUUGAUGCAACAUUCAAAACCAUGAGGGAUUCAGACUGAUAUCAUCAAGACAAAUUGUUCCUAAUUUGAGGUUCCAUAACCAGAGGGCACAGAUUUAGAGUGAAAGACAAGAGAACCAAUGUCUAAAUGAGGAAAAACAACUUAAAUGAGUGGUUCAGAUGUGCAAUGUGCUGCCUGAGAAUGUGGUGGUGUCAAAUUCAAACAGGGUUUUCAAGAAGAAACUGGGUAAGUACCUGAAGUGAAAACAUUUGUGGGUCUGCGGGAAAAGGACAGGGGAAUGGGGCAAGUUGAGUACCUCUUGCAGAGCUUCAACAGGUGAAGUGGUCUUCUUAGCUGUAAUAAUUCUAUAAUUCCUUUAGAAACUGCAGCAUGCUGGAAAAUUAUAACCAAUGCAUCACAAUUUCUGUGGUUACCCCUUCUGCACAAAGAUGCAGAUAAUGAUGUAGAGGGGAUGUGUUACUACUAAGUUCUAUUGAUUUUGCCAGGACUACUACUAAUGCUGAUCUUUAAGUUCCUUUUUCCUGCUAAAACUUUGGUUCCUAAUGAUUCCAGGAUUAUUUUUGUGUCUUCUAGGACAGAUAAAUUAUUUGGUUAAAGUGUCUGCCAUCUAAUUUAACCUAUCUUGGCCUCUUAUGAGUUCAUAUUUACUUCCACCAGUGCUUUUCUAUUUACAGAGCUAUUAACAUUUCCACAAUUUGUUUUUGUAUCUCUUUCUAGUCUACUUUUACGUUCUCUUGCUUAUCAAUUUCUUGGUUGUCCUUUGCCGAAUUCUAAAAUCCUCCCAAUCUUCAGGCUUACAAAAAUCGUUUGGCAACAUUGUAAUGUUUUUAUUAUGAUCUGAUACCAUCCUUAAUUCCACUCAUUAACUGUGGUUGUUUACCAUUGUAUCUUCUAAUGUAGUUUCCAAAUUUACCUUAACCAAAUUGUCCUCGUAUAUUUUGCAUUGUUUAGAUUUGAGACCCUAGCUAAAUUGCUUUCAAACUCAUCAUGAAAUUCCAUCAUGGUCUGGUCACUUCUUUAGUUAUUCCUUUCCAUAAGAUUAUGAAUUUUUCUUUUACUAUUGCACAGUAGUCAAUACCAACUAGCUCAUUCUCCAGUUGGUUCUCCAUUGUACUGCCCUGAAAAACUGACUUGAAUUUAUUGCAUGAACUAAUCUUCCACGCUAUAACUGCAAAUUUAUUUGGCCAGUCUUUAAGAAAAUCUGUGACACCAUUAUCUUUAUUAAAUGUACAUUUAUUUUUCUGAUUUAAACUAAUUCAUACACUGCAACCACUAUUCGGGCCCAAAAGCAAUGCAAUCCUAGUUAUUGGAAUCUUUGCUUAUAAUUUAGCUUUGAAGUAGAGAUAUCAUUUUGGUAAACCUAUGCUGCACUCCCAUUAAAGUCAAUAUAUAUCUUUCUUACAGAACUGCUGUCAUUCCUCUGUGUGCUAUCUGACCAGGGUUUUGAAUUGCUUCAAUCUGAUUUCACCUCUUGGUUUAUAUCCCUCUACCUAUAAAGGCCCGCAUUCUAUUAGCUCUAAUGAUUAUUUUCUAAACAUUGUUUUCAUUUACGUCUUUAGGAUUUGCACCAACAUUUUGUACUAUUUACGCAUCAUCUUAAUCCCUUAAUUUUAGGUCCAAAGUUUCCUACCUGAAAACCAUUUCCCACAGUUUUGGUGAUUAAUCUUAUCAGUGUCUCUGUAAAUUUUACACUUUCAUCUAAAUUCCUUAUAAUGUAAUUUAUCUUUUGUGUCUUCAGGAAAUUUGGAUAUAUGGUUAUCUAUCAAGUGGGAAGCAUGGCAUAGUGGUAAUGUACUUGACUAGGGAUCUCCCAGCCCAGACUAAAGGUCUGCAAGACAUUAAUUUAGAUCCCAUGUAGUAGAGAGUGAAAUCUAAAUUUGAUAAAAUCGGAAUGACCUGCUAGUCUGGUGGUGAUUAUUCAACCAAUGUUGAUUAUCGUACAAGCCCAUCUGAAUCAUUAAUAUCCAUUAGAGAAAGAAAUUUGCCAUCCUUGUAUUGUAACAGGGUAGGAUUAAUCUUUUGGUGAAGACAUCCCCUGGGUAUCAGCAACCAUAAAAUGGUUAAAUUUUACGUUCAGUGUGAGGGGAAAAGAGGGGGUUUGUGAUUUUUCUAAAUUCAGAUAAGGGCAGUUAUGAAGAUAUGAAAGCAGAGAUGGCUAAAAUGAAUUGGCAAGUUAAGUAGGUCAGUAGAGAUACAGUGGGAUAUUUCAGAAUAGACAAAUUCCAACAAGCAAGGAAAAUUUCUGCAGAUCCACCAAUUCUGUUUAACUAGAGAUAUUAAAGAUAGUACAAAACCAAAAAAAAAUUGUGUCCAAAGAUGAGUGGUAGCUCAGAAGAUUAGACAUAAUAUUUAAAAAAAGCAAAGGAAGACCAAACAAUAAAUAAGGAGGGGAAAAAUUACUACCUAGAAAUGUAAAAAGCAGAUGAUAAGUGUUUCUACAGAUAUUUAAAGAAAAGAGUUAACGAGGUGAGUGAUUGUCAAAGUCAGCAUGGAAAUUAAUAAUGGAAAAGUAAUGGCAGAUUAACUGAACAGGUAUUUUGUAUCAGUCUUCACUAUACAGGAUACAAGUUACAUCCCUGAAGCAACAAUAAAUCAGGAAAUGGAGAGGUGAGAGGAACUGUGGAAAAUCACAAUUACCAGUGUGAUGGUACGGAAUAAAUUGUAGGAACUGUGGGCUGACAAAUACUAGGAUCCUGUUGGACUUCAUCCUAGAGUCUUAAAAAAAGUCCCUGAUGAGAUAGGUAAUACAUUAGUUUUAAUUUUCCAAGAUUCCCUUGGUUCAGGGAAUUGUUCUAUUAGAUUGGAAGAUAAUUAACAAGCCAAAGGAGUACAUUGUUAAAUGGUAAGAUGCUAAGGUUUGAAGGUUGCAGGACAGGCAGGUGAAAUGAUUAACAAGGCAUUCAGAAUUUUGCCUUUAUUUGUGAAUGCAUUGAAUAAGAGCAGGGAUGUUAUGUUAACUGUAUGAAACAUUGGUUAGGUUAUAGGAGGGAUGUGAUAGCACAAGAGAGUGCGGAGGAGAUUUACCAGGAUGUUGCCUGGGCUGGAGAAUUUCAAUUAUGACACUAGAUUUGUUUGGUGUUGUUUUCCUUAGAGCAGAGAAAACUGCAUAGAUAGAUGCCUGAUGACAAGCAUGCACACAGUAUACCUAAAGGUUUUUUGCUGUGCUGUAAAACUGCAUUACUCAAGGGGUGAGAGGUUAUCAAUGAUGACAGGGUUUCAGGACUGAGGGUGGAUUUGAGAUUACAAUAAAUUCAAACAGGAUCUUAUUGAACGGCAGAGCAAGCUUCAGGAGAUGAAUGGCAUUCUCUUGCUCCAUGGUCAUAUCCUUACCUGGCCUGGCCUUCAUAUGACUUCAGACCCACUCUUACGUGCUCCCUGGGCAAUUAGAGAUGGGCAAUAAAUGAUGAUUUGGUCAGUGAUGUCACACUUCAUAAAUUAAUAAAACAAAUCCCAUCAGCAAAGUCAUUAAUGAAAAUAGGAUAAUUGAUACCACUAAUCAUAUCCUGCCAAUCAGUAAUAUCUCACUCUUCCAACUUUCUGUCUCCUGUCACUCAGUCAAUUUUUUAAAUGGGUUCAUAAUUUUCCUUCAAAUCCAUGAACUUCAACUGUGGUUAACAGUCUCUUAGGAGGGAAUUGUAUCAAAUGACUACCUGACAUUCAUAUAAAUUAUUAAGAAAUGUGCCUGUUUAUUACUUGCUUCAUCUCUUUAAAAAAUGUUAUCGAGUUAGUCAGGUGUGAUCCACCCUUUACAAAUACACAAUCCUCUCUGACUGAAACGUCUUGGUAGUCAGACAUUUGAUCCUUCAUUUCUGUACUGUAGCAAUAUCCUGACAGCAAAUGUUAGACUAACUGGUUUAUCAUUCUGCUUUUUCUUUCUCAAAUUUCCUAAGUGUUGGAGUAACAUCUGCAAUUUUCCAAUUUUAAGGAAUUGAUCCCAACUUGAGGGAAAUUUGGAAUAUUUUAUUCAGGGCAUCUGUAAAAGCCUUCAUAAUCUUUCAAAGCCAGGGCCGUUAUUUUCUGUAUCUGUGUUAUUUUGCUUAAUUUUAAAUUUGAUACAUCCAUGCCUUUAAUUCAACACUAAUUUUCCUUGUUCGGUAUCAAAUGGGUUUUAAAAUGCUCAGUGUGCUGAGAGUCUAAAAUGUGCUCUAUAAAUAUGAUUUCUCUUUGUUAUCUGUAACGUUAGGAAUCCAAAUGCCCUUCAUUUUAGUUCAGCACAGGCCAACCCUUACAUUUCCGGCUAACUUUCAGUUUUUUGUUACUAUUGGAAAGAUAUUUUAAAAACUGUUCUGGCUGUACUUUUUGGGUGAAUCAGGAACAGUAUUCAGAUUCCAUGGAAAAGAUAUUUGCAUGAAUUGUAGGAGUGUUGGUAACUCUGAAAUAUUCUAAAUCUUGAGCUCUGCAGAAAUGUUAAAUCAUUUCUGAGAUCACCGUCUUUACAAUAUGUGUUAGCAAUCUGGUGUCAUUCAAAAACUGGUUACAGUAAGCUGCAGCUACUCUGGUGGAUAGAUGAGUUCUACUGUGGACUAUUCAUACUUUGCUCGUCUGACAAAGCGAAUCUUUAAUAAAGCAGAUUAUUUUUGUGUAGUUAGAGAAAAGUAUUGGUAAGUUGAAUGUUGAACUUGAUCUUACAGAGAACUGGAAGUGAGUGGUAGCCAACUAGAUGACUUUUACUAAAAAUUGUUACGUUUUCUCUGAUAUAGAAAGACAUCAAAUUUUGUUUUCAAUGUCAUGCCUUAAUUUAUUUAAAUUAUUUGUGAGAGGUGUGAAUCACUUUAUAUUCCAUGAAUAGUCAGAUAAAAUGGAUUCCUGAAAGUAUCUCUGGCCUGUAUAGAUAAAUGUUCUGCACAAGUACAUUUCUGACCAUCUUUGUACAAAACAGUGAUGGAAAUAGCAUCCUUCAAACCCUGUCAGUCCCUGUCCCAUCAUUCCUUUAGAUCGUAGCUCUACUGCAUCUUAACUUUUACCUUGCUUGAUUCCAGAUCUUUAAUGCUGUCAAUCUCAAUAUAUUUAAUACUUCAGCCUCAACAGAUUUAUGAGGACAGAGUUCCAGGUUUUGACAGUUACUGUGUGAAGUGUUUCCUGAAAUCACCACUGAAGGCACUGGCUCUAAUUUUGUGCCCUUUUGUUCUGAAAUCCCCCACCAGAUGAAGUACAGGGACAGGUUCUCUCUAUGCAUCCUUUCAAAGUUUUUCAUCAACUUAAAAACUUCAAUGAAACCUAAAUGGGGUUGGGAUCGAACCAGAGUUUAUAGCUACAACUGGAAUCUCACUUCUGGUUCUCUGUGAGAUCUAGUUGAGCAUUCUUCUCAUCUUACCAAUGUUAUUUUCUCCAUCUGCCCAGCAGCUUCUACUAAAGCACUCUGCUCAUAGUAAACUCCAUCUGCCACAGUUUUACCAACUGAAUCAUUUUAUCAAUGGCCAUUUGCAAAUUUCUGAUUUUCAUCUAUAUUAUUGUGCCACUUCACUUCAUUUGACAUACUUAAACUCUCUACUCCUGGAUCCACGUUUUUUGUAAAGCUAAGAUGCUACCACUGCGCUCCGUCUGCUCAUUGGUGUGUGUUUGUGUUAUGCCCAGUCUGUGUCUUGCUUUCUAACCAAUUCCUACCAGUGUCAAUAGAUUAACUUCUCCAUUCACUCUUAGUUGACGCUGUGUUUGCAGAACCUUUCAAAUCUCUUCUGGAAGUUCAGAACAUCAAUAGCUCUUGUAUGUACCAUGAAAAUGUGUAGAUGUAACUGGGUUUAUUAAACAUGACUUUCUUUUUA